AGUGAAAGAUCCGAAAUGUAGAUACAGAGUCCAACUUCCGGUUGCGUCAUGGCACACAGCGUACGACACAUGCGCCGAAAACAACAGGACUUUAGUUACGAUAACAUCGUUAACUGAGAUGUACCUCAUAGAUUUAGUCUUACAGGAGGUUGAUGAAUUGUUUUUGACUCCAUUAAUUUACAGUCAUUCCACUGGAGUAUGGAUUAAAGCCUUCCUUCGGUCCUCUACCAAUGAGAGCAUGUUAGAAAAUUGUAAAUCUUUAGAUCCUCAGCUUCCAGUAAAGAUAAGUGAUGCAGGUCCGAGUGAUAUGGUUUGUCUUUACUACAACAGAACAGAGCAGAACUUCAUCACAGAUGAUUGUUCUCAAGAAAAGAUGUUUAUCUGCGAAAGUAAUAGUGAAGAACUUGAGGCAUGUAUGAAGGACACGGCAAAAGAAUCCCUGAAAGACGAGGUUCCAUUUAAGUUCUGCUUAGAUACAGUUUACAAUAGUGUAACAUCUGAAGAACAGUGUGAGAAGAUAUGCAGAGAAAAGCAAUCCUGUUAUACCUUUACGUAUUCAUCGGAUUGCAAAAUCUACCGUUUAAAAGACGACGCAACCUGUUCAAUGGGUCGAAAUCCCCCUCCAACAAUUAGACAUAAAAGCUUCUUCAUGCAUAGUGCUAACAAUUACCCCGAUUCAUCAGCAAAACCUCUGGCAGAAUGGUGUCCAGUUCGUACAGCGUAGUAAGACGUGAGGAGUGUUUGGUUAAAAUCCUCGACGGACACCAAUAAGAGACCUAUACGUGGUGUGAGGUGACAGUAUGGAUGGUCAUGCGGGUGCUGAAGGUGUGUGGUAUUUUAGGACGUAGGACGUUCUUUCCAAGCCGGAGGGUGAGACCAGCAAGUCUCUUUUGUCGAUUGUCCGCAUGUGAGUUUAUCGGGGCGGAUUAGCACGUGGUGGCGGGAGUCCUUCAGCGUGACUAGUGACAUGAAUAGUGAAUUUCAGUGAAUUGUGUUUGUAAAUAAAAUUUGAGAAAGGAAAUUCCAAAAACUAUUAUACAGAUUAUUUAUUAAAGUGAACUUUUUCUAAUUUCUUAUAAAGAACAGCUAUUUGUUAAUCUUAUUAUCUGAUACGCGAAUUGAACAAAAAGACUGCUGAUUUAAAGUAAUUUACAUUGUAUCAGAUAUUUGUAUAUUUAUCACUGUUUCAUAUUAUUCUAGCUUGAGUGUGGUGUGAAAGGAGGGAGAGAGAAUAUUAUCAUUAUUUUUUUUGUUUAUUUUCUUAAAUGAUUUUUUUUUGUUA